AGUUCCAUGGUGCAGAAAGUAAGCCGACGGUUUCGGGGCUCCGUGUCUGUUGGGAACUUUGCCCCAGCCAUGUUUGCAGGGGUCCGGUGCAGCCUAGUGUUGGUCUCUUUUUUCUUUUUGAGAGGAGGCGCCCAGAAUUUUGGGCAAACCCGGUUCAUUUGCACCUCCGUGCCGGUGGAUAUGGACAUGUGCACUUCUUCUAUGCAGGGCGGCAGCACGGAAGACCUGAAGACCACCGUGCUACAGCUCCGGGAAACGGUGCUUCAGCAAAAGGAGACCAUCAUGAACCAAAAGGAAACCAUCAGGGAACUAACCACGAAGCUUGGCAGGUGUGAGAGCCAGAGCGUGCUGGAGACAAUCCCCAGUGAAUCCAGAACUGGCGCCGGCUCCAACAGAAAGCAGACCGGCUCUUCCAAAAACACCAUGGGAGAUCUUUCCCGGACUCCAGCUGCCGAGACCUUGAGCCAACUUGGGCAAACUUUGCAGUCACUUAAAACAAGACUAGAAACCUUGGAGCAAUUCAGUAGGAUGAAUUCUUCCAGCCAGACCAAUUCCCUGAAGGAGAUUCUCCAGAAUAACAUUGAUGACUUAGAGAAGCAAGUGCUGUUCCGAAUUAACAGCCUGGAAGAAGGAAAGUACAACCCCAAGAAUGAGUCUGAAGAAAGAGGGAAAAUAGAAAGCACUUUAACUUCCCUUCACCAAAGGAUCAGUGACCUAGAGAAAGGUCAGAAAGACAUUAGGCCAACAGACAAGUUUCAGCUGACUUUCCCCUUGCGAACCAACUAUAUGUAUGCCAAGGUGAAGAAAAGCCUGCCAGAGAUGUAUGCCUUUACUAUCUGCAUGUGGAUAAAAUCAAAUGCCUCCCCAGGUGUAGGCACACCCUUCUCUUAUGCAGUACCUGGACAAGCCAAUGAACUUGUGCUUAUUGAGUGGGGCAAUAAUCCCAUGGAGAUCCUUAUCAAUGAUAAGGUAGCAAAGCUUCCUUUUGUCAUUAAUGAUGGGAAAUGGCACCAUAUCUGCAUCACAUGGACAACCAGGGAUGGUGUCUGGGAGGCUUAUCAAGAUGGCACACAACGAGGCAAUGGGGAGAACCUGGCCCCUUAUCAUCCUAUCAAGCCACAAGGGGUCCUUGUUCUGGGACAGGAACAGGACACACUUGGAGGUGGAUUUGAUGCCACCCAGGCAUUUGUGGGAGAACUGGCCCACUUCAACAUCUGGGACCGAAAGCUCACCCCAGGGGAGAUCUACAACCUGGCCACAUGCAGCACCAAAGCUCUGUCUGGUAGUGUCAUAGCCUGGUCUGAGACCAACAUCGAUAUUUAUGGAGGAGCCACCAAGUGGACAUUUGAAGCCUGUCGUCAGAUCAACUAAAACUGCUGUUCUUCGGCCCCUUUCUCAUUCCAAAUCCAUUUAACCUUUGGUUAACAGACAUUCUCCCCAUCCAGGAAUGAAUUAUGGACAAAUCUAAUUCCAUUCUCUUCUGUCUGUCUUUUAAAAAUUCGCCUUGUUUGUUCUAAAGAAUCAGGCACAAUUUUUUGUCCAGGAGACUUGGAGUUUCUUAAACAACUCUAAGGCAACCUGGAACUUUGCAACCUGACAAGUUUGAAGAGAGGGUCCAUUGUUUCCCUCUCUGUUGCCCUCUCUUUUGCCACUUUCCUCUUUGGACUGAGACUUUGUUUUUGCUCUCUCUUUUCUUUUCAUUUUGCUUUAUGAAAUCUCGUCAUGAAUGGUCUGAUUUCUCUGGCUUGCCAACUUCAUUUCGAUGCCUGAGUGCCUUUGGGCUGGUGCGACUCUUUCAGCACAUUUGUCUUCAUUUGCAUAUACUUUUUAAAGGAUAUCUCUAUAUUCCUACUCUACUCAAUGUCUUGUAAGCAGCCAGUCACCUGUGGGCAGAUUUUUAUUUUUUAUUUUUUUAUUACAAAUUAUUCUCUGAGUGACAGGAGGAUAAAUACUUUUGCAUGACACGUGAUGGUGGCUCGGCUAGGAGGUCUGAGGGGUGGGAGUUGGGCUGCUCUCUGAAACUCUUCAGGCCCCUUGUUCUCCCACCAACUGUGUAAACCUCUGGCUAUAGCCAGAGCACAACAGAGCCAUCUUUGCCCCCCUAGGGUACAUGUGAGACUCAGGAGCAUUGCCUGGCUGAGGAUUCUAGACGACUUGUCCAGAUCCUGGGUUAUUUGCAGGAGGAACUGUCUCCUGUCUGUAGUAAUGGAGCUGCAGAGCAGCUCCUUUCCCUCCUCUGCCUUCAUUCUGCUGUACAGUCUAAAGGAAUCUGCCUCUGUUAGCCAUCAUAAAGCCUAUGCGUAGUCCAGAGGACUUUCCUUCCACAGGCAUCAAUUACUGCUUCUCCCCAAACUCUGUGAACUAGAGGUAGCAGAAAAUCCCUUGAUUCAUCCCCCUACCUUUCCCUACUUGGUUCCACAGCAGGUGCCUACUUGCUUUCCCCUCCAAAGGUAAUGCAUCCAGGACCUUUCUGCAGAGCACUUGGCUGGGAGAUGAGAUUAUUUUUCUUAUCCCUUUAUGAGGCAUUCCCAAACCCUUGCCUGUGCUGCUCCUUUACUCUCGCUAAGAGCCAUAAACCUGAAGGGCUUGGGGGGGGAUUUAGUGGCAGUCGGAUGCAAAGCAUGUGGUUGCAGACCGAUUUCCAUGGCCAUACUCUGUGCUGAGAUUUUUGCCUUUUAAAUACAAAAUGGGUCAGUGGCAGGUUGUAUAGGGCAAUGAGCCCUACUUGCCCCACGCUUAUUGGGCCCAAUGAGAUUUGAAGUAUACUUUGCUUUCAUACAGGUUAAGAGCUCUUCCCUUUUGAAAGGAAUAAGGGAACCAUUUGAGAAAGGUUUUAAGCAAAUGUGUAAAGAAAGUGAAUAAAGGGCAAAUCUUGGUUUUGCUCCAAAGCCCCAGGGGAUUAAGAAGAGGCUGUUACCUCUCCAUGCAUUUGUUUGCCCAGUAAUCAGAGAAGAGCCUGCCCUAUAUAUUUUGUUUAAAAAAAGAACACCACAAGGGAUACCUAAUGAAUUGUCUGGAUGUGUAGAGCUUUCAUAAACCUUUGUGAAGGGGGACAAUGUGCAUUUCUUAUCGUAAUAUAGACAGAACUGUCUGCAUCUUGAAAGGGACCAACUAUUUUAGGAGGCUGGAGAGGUGUAGUGAUUGGCCUUUCUUGUGGGGAUUGUGUUUUGGUUAGAUUAAGAGUGCCUAUUUUACCACCUUCAGUGAUAAUGGGUUGGACAAUGCUGUGUAUAGAUUCUGUCCCCGUUUAUGGUACCCUUAGAUUUCUUGUAGGCUUGUAGGGAAGACAAAGGGUCCACUGUUGUUUCUUGCAUGUCUUCAGUAGGUGCCUCAAUCGUGUUUUGCCUGGUUUAAUGCUUGCCUGCUUGCAUGGGCUACUGCAGAGCUGUUGGGGUUUGCCAAGCGAUAGUUCAUGCUUUAAAAAACAAAACAAAAACUAAAGUCAUCCAAGCGCAUUAGGAAAGGUUGGGUGUGGCUGGAAAAAGGUGGCUAAUGAUACAGCAUUCUUCCCCAUGAUAAACAGCAUGACACUUUUUGUAUUAAAAGAAGAGCAGCCACCUUUGAAAAUAGUGGUGUCUUUAAAAAAAAUAAUCAAUCAAUGGAAACUAUUCCCUUCAGCAUUGUCUUUUCCUAUAAGUCCCGGAGAAGCCAGAGCUCUCGAUUCAGCAGUUGUGCUGUCCUGAAAAGCAGCUGUAGGAGCUGUUGUUUAAGCACCUCUACUGUGCAGCGUACACUCUGCUGCUGGAUCAGUUCUGUUGAUGCUUACCAAACGUCCCUUCAGCACCACUGUGAGUCGGUCUUUUCCAUGCCAGGCUUUCUGGAAGUUGUACUUUCAGCACCAAUGCUGCUCUAGCAAGCACAGAAUAAAUAGCUGAUCCACCCAAACCAAGCCUACUGCUUAAUACGAUUGAUGUUCCCUCUUGCACUGAAUAAUACAUGCCUCUCUCAGGUAAUGUCCUUUUAUAAAAAAUCAGAAAAGAAAAAACACUGUAUAAACAGUGUGUGUUUGCCUAAAUACUGUCUGACAGUUCCCAAAAGCCUCCUCCUACGGAGGUGAUUUCACUGGCCAUUUUCACAGGUGUAGUUCUACUGAAGAUUAUAAGGUGACAUUGGUUUAGGUAGUCAGUGAAACAUUCUCUAGCAUGCGGUUCUAAACAUGGGUCACUUAGAAGUAAGUCCCAUAGGACUUCCUUUCAACCAUUGUUUAGAAUCACAGCUUAAAUGUGUUAUUAUUUGAAUCAGUAUUUACUGUCCCUUGAAGGCUUAGCUAGUAUUUGGAAUGUCAAGCCUUUCUGCUUUUGUAAACACACAUUAUUUCUCUUGUUGUGAAAGGAGUUUACUACCAAGAAAGGUAUUUUUAUUAGUAAAGAAUAUAUAGAAAAUGAACAGGUAUUCCCUGAAAAAAAAAAUGCUUUGAGCUACAGAUGAAGGAUAACAGUAUGAUAAAGCUUAUUUUGAAAUAUGUAGUAUUUUAUAAUGGUUUCUUUUUUAAAAAAAAAUCCUGGUUUGUACUAGCUGCCUACAGCCAUCACCCCUUUAAAUGAUCUCACUCUCUCUCAUCCCAGUCAAGUAGUUUUUCCUGGCUUUGGGAAGAAAAAGGGAGAAAUGAUUGACAAAAUUCAUCAGGCUUACUGAGCCAUUUUGACUAACCCUAAAGCGUGGCAAAUGAAUAUGCAACAUGGAUGGGCAUGUAAUAUGCAGUUCAAGGUUGAUGUUGCAUUAUUGGAAGGCUGCUGCUUGUCAGAUAUUGAAGCAUGUCAUGUGACCACCCAUAUGAAAUCGUAAUGCUAGAGUGCUAGGAGGAAAAAAAUCUAUCUAAACAUAAUCAACAGAAACCCAACCUAGGCAUUUUACUUUUAAAUCUUGGCUCAGGGCAGCAUAUUUUAAGCAGUGCUCUUUAAAAGCAAAACCAAACAACCCCAACAAAAUUGUACCUUGGAAGAUCAAUCUGCUAAUGACCCUUAUUGGAAAUCUUGUAACUAAUAAUGAAUGUUAAGUGUAAUCUGAUGAAGGGGGAAAUAACAUGUCAAGGUAUAUAAAUCCAGUCCAAAUUGUGUGUGAUUUGCCAAAAAAUAAAAAGGGUGAUAGUGAUACAAUUGUAUAUACUGUACAGUGUGAAAGAGGAUAGAUGUUUUUUGAGUUAAUCAUUCUGUUAACCAAAGCUGUAUAUUUUUCCUAUUUCUUGCUAUCAGUCUUUACUGGGUUUUGAAUGAGUUGAUGUUAUAUAUCUUACAUCCACAGUCCACAUCAGCAGUUCUUAAAAUGCACUGUUUCUACUGGUUCUUCAUGCUAGGUUUCCCCCCCCCCAUUUUAUUGCUGAAACUACAUGAAUUGUUGAGUUUAUUUUUACACAAUAAAGAGUGAUG